CCGCUCACUAAUUACCGCAACUCUCUCCUCCUUAUUAGAAGAUUUUGUUACAUUGGAUCUACCUAUUUAAGCAAGUAUAGUGAAGUAGCCUAUGUUUUACUAGUUGCAAAAUCACCUCACUAUCGUCAAUUAACCCAUAUCUCACUUGAGAAAGAACAACGAAAAGAGUAAAAAACCAACCAACAAUGAGAAGCUCAUCAGGCACCUUCGUUUUUCUUCUCCUGUUGGUUUGCCUCCUUUCUGGGAAUGAAGUCACGGCACAACACCAUGCGGAUCUCUGCAAAUUCACAGAACUUGGAAGCGACCCCGAGUAUGUGGUUAUCAGGCACAGGAGAUGCAACGACAGAUGCCAGAAGAAAUAUGGAUAUUUCGUUCUCGGAUGGGUGGAGGAUGGAGCAAGUAUUUGCUCAUGUUUCAAGCGUUGUCACCUGCAUUAAGUGAAGAGAUGCAUGACCGGUAUUCUCUUUCGAUUACAAUUCGUUUUUUGGGAGCAACGUUCAUGGGGACCGGAUCAUAUAGCUAGAUAAGAAAGAGUAUAGGUCUAGUAAUAAAGAUAAAUAGACGUAGAGAGUUACGUUGGUUUUUUUUUUUUUACCAUUAUAGCUGUCGAUUUUUUCUUUUACCCAUAUAGCUACAAUGUAAUAAUGAAGUAAUUUGAGAGGUACUUUUGGUGUUCCCAUCAAUAUUCGAUUCAUGAAUAAUAUUACUAUACAUCAGGGAUGACAAUUGGAACCCAUAAUAUUGGUAUUACCCAGCCCAAAGUAUCGUGGGGCGGACAUGAAUUACUACUUCCGACCUGUUUCAUCUCACAGUCUCUCUGGACCUGUCCUAUCUUAAAAAAAUUUAAUAUGUAUUUGUAAUUCUCCUAUUUCAAUAUUAGUUUCACCCAAUGAAACUUUUAAUAGGUGCACGACUUGACCUUUCAUUUAUUUACGCUCAAUUAUUCAUUAUGUUAUAACUCCUCUUCCUUCGUAAAAUACCCUCCUUUGUUUCAUCAUAAAAAAAAAUUGUUAUGUUUAUGUUUCUCCAAAUAAUAGGAGAAAAUGGACAGUCCCACCCUGCCCGUACCCGCACUUGUAUUACUUGAUCUUACCCGCACUCAGCGCAGAGCAAAUAUGAGUAUCGACGUACCAUGCGUGCCACGCCGCUCGCACCAGCCAUACCUAACUAUACUUACCAUCAGCAUACAAAUGUGACAAUACUUUGAAAUGUAGAAUACUAGCUAUAUACUGGAACAGGAGACAUUGCUGUAAACCCCAAUUAACUCAUACUUUUUACUUAACUCAUGAUCGACUAGAAAGCAAGAUCCUCUUUAUGAACAUUAUUCUAACCAGGUACAUAUGAUCAAUUUAACGAAUAUCAAUUAUCAGCCACAAGGCUUGUAGCAGAAGCAAAUGACCAUCCAAUCACACCACCCAAGAACAAAUUGCCCAAAUCUCUCUUGGCAUGCGUCGUUGCAUGAUCGGCGAGUGCACUCGUUCAGGCUGGUCUCUUUGACAUAAGUAAAAUGGCAGAGCUUCGUAUAACUUUCUGCCACGACCUGCCCGUUCCCUGUGGUUACGAAUUCAACAAAGAGCAUCAAAUCAUCAAAUGCUAAGUACGUAAUUAACAUUAAACAAAGAAAAAGAUGGCAGACAGUAAUUAAAUUAAUCACCGUGGAUGAGACAAAUGAGUAGGAGAACUAAGGCGAAUGCGAAUGAUGAGCUUCUCAUGGUUGAUAAUUGUUCACCCUUAAAAAAAAAAAAAAUCAAGUGUGUAUGAUGUUGAUCAAAACUCAAAUAUAUAAAGAGAUUAGUUAACGAGUAGUAUGGGAGGGAUAAGGACGAAGUUCUUACAAUAGAAUUUUUUUCAUUGCGUAAACCGUAUUGUUCGUAUUACAGUCUGUAACUUUUGGCGCCUCUGACUUGAGUGAGGACUUUUUAAGAUAAUACAAUACAUUUAUUAUC